CCGAUGUGUGGAUUGACCCUCCCACCCCUAGUGAGGAGUAGUGGUAGUGGAGCCCAGCGGCCACACUCUGCAUAUUUCCCGUCAGCCUCUCAGCAGACAGCCGAGCAGAGGCGAGGCAAAGGCGGAGGAGAAGACUGAGGCGAGGGAUGGCAGAGAACAAUUCCGAAGGCAGCGGCUCCGUUCACCGCCGGUGCUUGACCCACUCUCCGGUGGACAGAAACGUCCCCUCCGGCGAUGGCUCGUCGAAGUGGAUUCGGCUAAACGUCGGAGGGACUUAUUUCUUAACAACCAGACAGACAUUGUGUCGCGAUCCCAAAUCGUUUCUUUACAGGCUGAGCCAAGCGGACCCGGAGCUCGAUUCCGACAAGGAUGAAACAGGUGCCUAUCUCAUCGACAGAGACCCUACUUAUUUUGGGUCGGUGCUCAACUACUUGAGGCACGGCAAACUGGUGCUCAACAGGGACCUAGCAGAGGAAGGUGUACUCGAAGAAGCAGAGUUUUAUAACAUCACAUCCUUAAUAAAGCUCAUCAAGGACAAGAUCAGGGACAGAGACUGCAAGACGUCGCAGGUGCCCGUGAAGCACGUGUACAGAGUGCUGCAGUGCCAAGAAGAGGAGCUGACACAGAUGGUGUCAACCAUGUCGGACGGCUGGAAGUUUGAACAGCUUGUCAGUAUAGGUUACGGGCGGGCCCACCAGUCAGAAUUUCUGCUCAUUGUGUCAAGGGAGGUGAAGGGAGAGGCGCCAGCUUUGCCAAACAACAGCAGAGAGCUGGUCAGCAUUGGCUCCUCCUACAACUACGGCAACGAAGACCAAGCUGAGUUCCUGUGUGUUGUCUCUAAGGAGCUGCACAAUCAAUCCUACGGGACAAACAGUGAACCCAGUGAGAAGGCAAAGAUACUUCAGGAAAGAGGUUCCCGAAUGUGAAGAGGACUGAGUAUUAUGAGCUCCAGGUUUUAUGAUGCAAACAUAUCAUCCUUGUGGAAGACCUAUUUGGCACAAAGGAGAUUCAAGUGUGGGAGUUGUGCAUUUAUUUGGUGUUCUCCCUCCAUUUUAUUUUUUAUUCUUUGGUGUAAAUACGACUGCUUACUGACAAUUUGUGCCUGUACAUUUUGAACUGGAACUUUUGAACUUGAGGCAGUUUUGUUUUUAUUAUUUUAAAUUGCUAAUUGAAAAAACAUGGCCAUCAUCAAAAUGGCCAGCGAUUCUCUCAGGGUCAUCUGUGGAGUUAAUUAGAUCCUUCAACUUGCUCUGGCAAGGGAUCUGUACGGUCAAAAGUAUCACCUUCAAAAAAAUAGUUUGGAGUUGGCAAGAAGGGAAUUGUGUUUUUUUUAAACCCACCCAAGAUGUUUCACAGAGUUUGUGUUAAUGGUACUACUUAGUUAUUCUGUAGCGCCAUGCAUUGUCUUCCAACAAGGCAACGUUUCGCCUUCACGGAUGCGUGUGGUCAUCACUGCACUGUGGAUUGUUUAUAAGGAUAUUUCAACCUUUCCCUUGCAAAAAGUAAUAUAUCCGCAAAUCUCAUUUGGAGACCUCAUGUUUUACUUCUCUAUAUAAGGUAUUUCUCUUUUACAGUCAUUUUUUUAAGGAACAACCUUGAAGCCGUUCUUUUCCCGACUGACAUACUUUUAUGUUUUGUUUAUUUGAGGAAACAUCUCAUUUGACAUCAGUUUUGUGGCUGAGAGUGUUUUUGGCCUAGGAUUGUGGACUGGAACUGUUUAGGCGACAGUGAACAAAUCUCUGUUCAUAUCCAGAGAAUUUCUGUUUUCGGUGUAAAAUAAUCAAAAACCAUUAUGGAUAUUUAACUCCUUUUAAAAUGAAUGCACGUUUUGUACACUGUAUAGAAAAAAACACAACUUCAAAUAGAGGUUGUUUAUACUGGAUCUAAAAAAAAUUUGAAUCUUGACAAUAUUAGCCUGUUUUGAAUAGUUUGUACAGGAUUUAAGAGAUUUCUGAGUGAGAUUGAACAAGUUGUCUUUUCACUGAGAACAUGCCUGGACAUGUUUUUAUUAACAAUAACAAAGCGAUACCCUGCUUUGAAGGUGACUGUUACAUUAUCAACUUAUACUUUUUCCGCUCCUCCAUCCCUUCUUCUAAACAUCUUGAAUUGUGUAGUGAAUACGCAGCAUUACAAGCACUACAGUGGGAACACGACACCGUGCACGUUGCGAAUAGCCUGUAAUGUUACUGUAAAUACUGCAAAACACUUUUUUUUAAGACCUAGCAAGUUUUUUUUUCAGGAUUGAUGUGCAGUUUUAAUAGGUUUUAUUCACCAUGUAAUCAUUUAGUGUUGCCUUUCCUCCUUCCCUAAUGACCAAAAUCCAAUGUCUUACGUGUAGUGCACGCAUUGAUAUUUAGUGUCAGGGAAGAGUAAACUUUGUACAUAUGCUAACAC